ACUUUGUUUCUAACAACGCACGCUCACAAUGCGGAUUCGAACCGGAGAUAGUUAACGAGACCGAUCUUUAUGUUUCUGACGGGAAUGCAUUUUACUGCGAUGAGGACAAAAUAGCUGAGGACAACGUCAUGCUCAGUCUACUGCGCCCCCUACUGGUCGCCUGCUUGUACACGCUGCUGCUGCUGCCCGGAGGUCAGGGCAGGAUCCCCGGGUACAACAACGGGUUCCACUACCAGGACAUCAGCAACGGCAAUGGCAACGGAGAGAUCUAUUUCAAUGGGGUUCGUCUCCAUGUGGAAUCCCCGCAGCAUUCAGUGUCAGCCUCCAGGGGGAGCAGUGUCACCCUUCCCUGUCACUACCACUACGAGCCUGAGAUCACCACACCACGCAGGACCCGGGUCAAGUGGUCCUGGUUGCCUGCCAACACCAACGCUGCACCUGCUUCCCCUGAAGCCCUCGCCAGCGAAACUGAGGUUAUGGUUGCCAUGGGCAACCGUCACCGCAGCUAUGGAAACUUCCGGGGUCGCGUGCGCCUGAAACGCUCAGCACCGGGGGACAUGUCUCUUGUGAUCAAUGAGCUGCAGCUCAAUGAUACAGGAAGAUAUCGCUGUGAGGUGAUUGACGGCCUGGAGGACGAAAGUGUGACUGUGGAGCUGGAGCUGCGAGGCGUGGUGUUUCCCUACUACUCUCAGAAAGGACGCUACCUUUUUAACUUCUUCGGGGCCCAACAAGUGUGCCAGGAUCAGGCUGCCACUCUAGCUACUUUUGAGCAGCUCUUCGUGGCGUGGGAAGAGGGAUUAGACUGGUGUAACGCCGGCUGGUUGGCUGAUGGUACAGUGCAGUAUCCAAUCACAGUCCCACGAGAUGGCUGCGGGGGCAUGGACUUAGCUCCUGGUUUGCGAAGCUAUGGUCAGCGCCAUCGCCUCUUCCACAGCUAUGAUGCUUUCUGCUUCUCCGCCUCUGUCAAGGGAGGUGUGUACUUCUUAAAGCACCUGACCAAGCUUAACUUCACUGAGGCUGUCCAGGCAUGUGCCAUUGAUGGAAGUCAGAUUGCCAAAGUAGGCCAGCUGUACGCCGCCUGGAGGAUGAUGGGGUUUGACCGCUGUGAUGCUGGCUGGUUGGCUGAUGGGAGUGUGCGUUAUCCUAUCACAAAACCCCGGGCUAACUGUGGCCCGCCUGAACCAGGGGUGCGUAGUUUCGGGUUCCCCCCUCUGUACCUUAAAUUUGGUGUCUACUGCUAUCGGUAGAUGCUCUGACUCAACAGGAGACAAAAACAUACCGUUCUUACAGCACACUGGUUUAAAGCUCUCCUCGAGGGGGUUAGCAUUAGCUGUAGCCUGGAUGCAAAUUAGCAGUUAGCCAGUUUGUUCAUUUCUGAGCUGUUUUAAAGUGAAACCAUUGGGUUAAUCACUCUCCACCUCCAUUAGACUGAAACUCAUGUCUCAGUAUUGAACUUAAGGUUAUCAACUGUUUUUGCACUUGUGCUUUGGCAUGGCAACACUAUAUGGCCAGAAGUAUGUGGACACACAUGUGUUAUAGCUGAAUAUCUCAAUACUAAAACAGAGGGCAUUAAUAUGCUGCUGUAACAGCCUCCACUCUUCUUGGAAGUUCUCUCUAAGAUAUUUUGGAUCCUAGCUGCAAGGAUUUUCUUGCUUCAGUCACAAAAGCAUUACUUAGAUUGGCCACUAAAGUUGUGUGAUAAAGCCUAGCUCAAAGUCAGUAUUCCAGUUAAUCCCGAAGGUGUUGGAUGAGACUGAGGUAAGAUUUCUGUGCAGGCAAGUCAAGUCAAACCAUUACUCCAUGGCUCUUUUUUGUACAAGGUGUAUUGUUGUAAUGUUGAAACUGGAAAGGACCUUUCCAAAAUUGUUGCCGUAAGCAACACACUACUGAGCAAAUUAUGUAUUUUUAUUGUAUCAUUAAGAUUACCCUGAAAAAAAUCGAAGAGGCCUAAUCCUGACAAUGACAACAGCCCCAGACAAAAAGUACAUGGACAGGGAUGUCUACAUACUACUGGCCAUAUAGUCUCAACCACUACAACAAUCUGCAUGGUUUGCUUUUUGCCUUCAGUUAUUUUGGCUGCAUAUACCCCUCACAGAUCAAAUCAACUUUUUUUUUGCAACCAUUUGAAAUACGGCUUUGACUUUUCUCCACCAACAGCACUGACUUUAAUCCACAUAUGAUUGAUUUCAAACUCAGGGAAGGUAUUCUAAUAAAAACCACUCACCAACCACACCUCAGUCCUUCACCUUCCCUGUCUUUCUUCAACAAGAACAUUUUCCUUGUCUUUUUCUAGCUGUGCCCUCCAGAACACUGCAGUCAAACAGUAACAAACGUUUUCACUUUCAACCUUGGUACUACAUCUGCAGACCUAAAGGGCACCUUGAUGGUCAAGGGAGUGGAGAGUGUCUUUCAUUAUUUUUGUGUCAGAACUGUCAUCUUGGUUGCACACUCACUAACCAUAGUUUACUUCCACCACACACUCUCUGUCUCUGAGUCUGUUCAUUGUAAAUGUUUGUGUAUCUGAGUUCAUAAAGUAUAAUGCAUCUCUUUUUCAUUUUUCUGAGGAUGAUUAAGAGUAGUACUCUGUGAUGGAGAAGUUAGGAGUGUAUUGUUGUAAUAUUUAAACUACCUUGUUUGCAUCCAUUGUGGAAGAAGAAAUUGUGUUGCCUGACACACAAGUACCUUUUGGGUUUUUUUCAUUAUAUACUGUAUGUCCACACAUUUGUACUAUUUUCUACAGAUUAAUAAAAACACAUUCUGAAGUGACAA